AUGGAAGGCCUACUAGCUACAGUAAACGAGCUACAAAAAUUAAUCAAUCUCUCCCAUGUUAAAGUUGAUAUUUCACUCCCUCAAAUUGUAGUCGUUGGUGCUCAAUCUGCAGGGAAAUCAAGCGUGCUAGAAAGUAUUAUUGGAAAAGAUUUUCUUCCUCGAGGUCAAGGAAUAGUGACAAGAAUGCCUCUAAUCAUCCAAUGCCAUAACAAUGAAGAAGAAUUUGCAAUAUUCCAGCAUCUUCCAGAUGUUAUAAUUAAAGACUUUGCCAAGGUUAGAGACGAAAUUAUUGCUGAAACAAACAAAAAUGCAGGGAGCAAAAAAGCGAUUGUUGGCAAGCCAAUUCUUCUUGAGAUUUAUUCACCACUGGUUGUAAAUAUAACUUUGGUUGAUUUGCCAGGGCUAACAAAAAAUCCUGUUGGAGACCAGCCACGAAAUAUAUCGGCUUUAAUUGAAGAAAUGGUCUUAGAGUAUAUUAAAAAGGAAAACGCCAUUAUUUUAGCUAUUUCCCCCGGAAAUAAUGAUAUAGCAAAUUCCGAUGCGUUAAAAAUUGCAAGAGACGUCGACCCAAGAGGAGAAAGAACUUUAGGUGUGAUUACAAAGCUAGAUAUUAUGGAUAAAGGAACAAGUGCAAUAAGCGUCUUGCUUGGUGAAGAAUAUCCAUUAACUCAUGGGUAUGUUGGUGUUGUUUGUAGAUCUCAAGACGAUAUUAACAAUAAUGUCUCAAUAUCAGAUCAUUUGGGUGAAGAGGCUGAAUUCUUUAGCAACAAUCCUGACUAUAGCCAAAUUCAAGAUCAAGCAGGGAUUCCUUAUUUAACUCAAAGACUUCAAGAAAUAUUAUUUGAAAAGCUCAGACAAACUCUCCCUCGCAUAAAGGAAGGAAUCGAUUCCCAACUUGAACAAAGAAAUCGUGAGCUCGAAAAUUACGGAGAUCCUAUCAGUGAAAAUAAGGCUUUACAGCAAAAUAUAAUUAUAAAAAUAGUUGACGAUUAUUCCAGAUUUUUAGAGGAAGCUGUAGAAGGAAGAACUGACAAAGAUGAUACAGGCACAAAAAUCAGGAAAAUUUUAUUUACACUUUUUGAAGAUAAUCUAAAAAAAGUUAAUCCAAUGGAAGAAAUAACAGAUAACGAAAUAUUGGAAGAAAUAGGCAGCACAAAUGGAAUUCAUGGAACUUUAUUGAUUCCAGGACAAUCAUUCAGAAAACUUUCAAAAAAAACAAUAGAAAGCAUUAGAGUGCCUUCCUUUAAAAUUCUUGAAUUAGUAAAAGAGUCACUCUUAACCUUGACUCAAAAAAUUUCAAACCCUUAUUUUAGCAGGUUUAAAGAUCUACAUCGUUUGAUAUGUGAAAUUACAGAGAAAAUAAUUGAAGAUAAAUAUAAGAAUACUUAUGAUAUGAUAAAAAGGAUAUUUGAUAUGGAAAAGAAUUAUAUAAAUAUUCAUCAUCCUGAUUUCAUUGGGGGACGCAAAGCUAUUGAAGAAAUUGAAGCUCUUAAUGAAAAUCAGCUAAAAUUCCAAGCAUCAAACUUAAGGGCAGGCUUGUUUAGCCCUAAUCAAAAUUUUGAAGGCCUGUUUAAACCCUUUUCCACAGGUUUACUUAGUUCUCAACAAGCACCUGCUCAAAGUAGUCCUUUCCCUAAUAACCAGAAAACUCAGCCUUUUGGUCAAAGCCCAGCAAAUAAAACGAUAGCAGCGAAUCAGAGCGAGUUAAAAAAUAUAGUCCUUGUAAGAAUCCUUGUAAAUUCAUAUUUUUGAAUUGCUAGAAAAAACAUUGGAGACUAUGUUCCAAAGGCAAUUAUAAGCUUUCUGAUUCAUGAUGUGCAGGAGUCGCUCAAGGAUUUAUUGAUUGCUGAACUACUUGGUGAAAAAUUCAAUGAAAAACUUUUAGAUGAAGGAAAAAUCAUUCCAAAGAAAAGAAAAGACUGUAAAGAAGCGAUUGCGUUAUUAAAAGGUGCCAAAAAUAUUCUUAGGAAUUGGAAUAUUUCUAAUAACUAA